AUGGAGGAUGAAGUAAUGGGAACUUUAAAUGAGUACCAGCAAUAUACUGCUGAAGAUUUAGAAAACGCUGUGAAGGCCGUAAAAAAUGGUUUAUUAAUAUGUGAAGCAUCUCGUAGUGAUAAUAUACCAUAUUCAACAUUAAAUGAUCAUGUUAAUGAAAAUGUUACAUCUUUUGGUUCUGGACGUAAUUCAAUAUUUAGUGAAAUUGAAGAAAUGAAUUUAAUGAAUGCAGUAUUAAUGCUUCAAGAUUGGGGUGACCUUCAGUCAAUUAAUGAUCUAUAUGUUAGCUGA